GGGAACACGUGGCUGACUUGCAUACCUCGGUAUAAUCUCUAUAUCAGUUAUCGCUGAUGGCAUAGACAGUAGCAUCAAUCAAAGGCUUUAUGCUUCAAAUUUUCAACUCAAAAGACUGGAUUGUUAACGGUUGCGGUUCCUCGUCGAUCCCCGGGUAACGAUGAGGACUUUUUACAAAGGAUGGUGGAUUUCAGCAGCCAUUCUUUUGCUGGCAAUGAGCUUAUCAUAUUCACAGGGGGUUUUGAAUGAAAAUCAGAUCAAAACUGCAGUUUUCCUAUCGCCAAAGUUUGUGCUGGGACCUGGAUCUGUUGAGAAUAGAUAUUACUACAAUAUUAACUUUCCCAGGGGUCAUAUCUCUCUCAAGAGUUUCAAUGCAGAAGUAAUUGACGAGGCAGGGAAUCCUGUUCCCCUUCAUGAAACUUAUCUCCACCAUUGGGUUGUUGCAAGAUACUAUGGACAUGUAGAAUACAAUGACAGCAGGAAGCCUAGUGAAUCAGAUUACUUUAUUGUGAGAAAUGAUGGCAUAUGCCAGAAAGGCGUUCUUGGGCAGUAUUUUGGCCUUGGAUCUGAAACAAGAGGAACAGCAACACACAUCCCAGACCCUUAUGGAAUAGAAAUUGGUAAUCCUGCGGAUAUUCCUGAGGGCUAUGAGGAGAGAUGGCUGCUUAAUGUCCAUGCAAUUGAUACACGAGGUGUGGAAGAUAAAUUGGGUUGCACUGAAUGCAGGUGUGAUCUUUAUAAUAUUACUGUGGAUGAAUAUGGCCGACCUUUGAGGCCAGAUUAUGCUGGAGGCUUGCGAUGUUGUUAUGAUCAGACUCAAUGCAGAGUGAGACAUGGCUUUGAAGGUGCCACAAGGAGCCUCUACCUGAGAUAUACCGUGAAGUGGGUUGAAUGGGAUAGUUCCUUGGUGCCUGUUAAAAUCUAUAUAUUUGAUAUCACCGAUAAGUGGAAAAGGUUUAAUGAUUCAACUGGACUCAGCACUGAGCAUGAUUGCCGGGUUGAAUAUGACAUUGAGCCUUGUAGUGCCACCGAUGUGGCUGAUCAUGAGUGCAUUAACACUAAAAGAAUAAGCCUCACCAUGCCGACUGGUGGUUAUGUCAUUUAUGGUGUUGCCCACCAGCACUCAGGGGGAAUAGGAUCUGCUCUUUACCGAGAGGAUGGAAAGGCUAUAUGCUCUUCAAUUCCAGCUUACGGAGAUGGGAUUGAAGCCGGAAACGAGGCUGGUUACAUUGUAGGAAUGUCCACCUGUUAUCCUCAACCUGGAUCUGUCAAGAUAACAGAUGGGGAGACACUGAUUUUAGAAUCCAACUACAGCAGCACCCGAGGACACACAGGAGUCAUGGGGCUAUUCUAUAUUUUGGUUGCUGACCAAGUGCCAGAGCCUGAGCAUCUCCUGCAUCUCCCCGUUAAAAUGUAUGACAAAAUAAACAGAAGUGCUUAUGUUGGGGCAGCAAUAGUUUUGGUGGGAAUUGUUUCUGCUGUUGCUAUUGUACAGUUUCUUUUUAGGAAUAAGGUUGAAGAUGAAUACCAACCAAUUAUGACUUGAACUUGUUUCUCCCAGUUCAGAUUAUGUGUAGUAAUAUACAAUAACACAUCUUAGACUCAAAGUCUACCCUCUCUUUCUGUACCCUAGUAAUGUGUUAAGUCAUGAUAGUUGACUGCAUGUAACAUUUUCAAGUUGUUGUUGUAUAAGUUUGAAGUUAAUCUGUGAUUCCUUAGUUAUGAAGAAUGUUUGUCAUUUGGAU